AUGUUGUCCCACGCUGUUCGGCACGCUACCAUCGCUAGGAACAGGGUGCUCACUAAGGUUGGUGAUGACUCGUGGGUGCCGUUGGAGAGGUGGCUUGGGAGGAAGCCGCCGGUGGACAUGCUGAGGGUGUUUGGCUGCAUGGCAGUCGCCCACGUCCCCAAGACCUACCGCAGUAAGUUGGGGGCAAGUGCAAUCUGGUGUGUGCAUUUGAGGCUGUCUGCCGGGAGCAAGGGAUGGCUGCUGUGGGAACCAUCCAAGGGUGUGUUGUUUGACAGCAGGGAUGUGAAAUUCAUUGAGGGCAUGAUGUAUGGGAGCUGGGAGAAACAGCCGGAGGCAAGGGUGUCCCAGCAGAUGGAGCAGAUCACCAUGCAGCUGGACCUGACUCCUAGUGUGUGGGAGGAGGGAGAGGAGGCAGCUGCGGGGGGUGGUGAUGGAGAGAAGGUACAGGAGGCACCUGCUGAUGGAGGAGAGGUUAGUGAUAGCACUGGUGAAGCUGCUGGAUCUGAAAGAGGAGAGCAGCAGCAGAGCAAAGGUAAGGUGCCUAAGCUACCGCAAAGGAGGAAGCCGAAGGGUGUCGUUAUGAAGGGGUGGGAAACACCCGUCUCUAGGCCAGGGCGCACCCGCAUGGCAACAAUGAAGCUGGCAGCAGGAUCUGAUGUAGCAGAGCAGCAGCUUGGGAAUGAGGAGGCAAUGCUGAUUUUACCUCAUGGCUAUGACCCGGAUGAGGAGGAUGAGCCUGCAUACUGUUUUCUUGCCCCUGCAUCAGAGGAACCAGCUAGCAUGGAGGAGGCAUUAGCUGGACCAGAUAGGGACAAGUGGCUGGCUUCUAGGGAUGCUGAGUACCAGAGCCUGCUAGAGAAUGGAACAUGGGAUCUGGUGGUGCUGCCGGAGGGGAAGAAAGUGAAGGAGAAGCAGGACUUCAAUGAGAUCUUUGCUCCCACUGCCAAACCCCCUACCCUCCGUGUCUUGUUGGCAGAUGCAGCCAUUAGUGGAAAACUCAUCAUUCAGAUGGAUAUAUCAACGGCAUUCCUCAAUGGGAUUUUAGAGGAGGAUGUGUACAUGACGCAGCCGCCUGGGUAUGAGGAUGAGGAGAUGGGAUUCAUGACCAGCAGCUGUGAUGAGAGUCUCUUUCUCAAGGGGGAGGGGGAGAAGCUGGUGCUGUUUCUGGUCUACGUGGACGACAUUCUUCUCUUCAGCAGCAGCAUGAAAGAGAUCCAGAAAGUGCAGCAGCAGCUGAUGGAGAACUUCAAGUGCAAGAACCUUGGGGAGGUAAAAUACUAUUUCGGGAUGCACGUGGAGGGGGAUCUGGAUCACAGGUGGUUGAAGCUGCACCAGGAGAAGUUCAUCAAGGAGCUGGGGGAGAAGUAUGGGAUUGAGAAUGAGCACAAGGUUGCAACUCCCCUGCCAGCAGAGUUCAAGCUUGUGAAGGCUGCAGAGGAUGAAGGGGUUGAAGCCGAGGAGCAGCAGCAAUUCCAGUCCUUGGUGGGCAGCCUCUUGUAUGCAGCAGUUCACACGAGGCCCAAGAUCUCCUUCUCGAUUGGGCAGCUGGCUAGGGUGGUGCAGAAUCCAUCAGAGGAGCAGGUGGAUGCAGCUGAGCGCGUGGUGAAAAUUUUGAACUCUCACCCAAGCGUUGGAGUUCAAUACUCCGCAUCUGCACAGGUGAAGCAAAAAGGGGUUGAGGUGCUGAAGGAGAAAGGGGAGAGGCUUGGAGAAGGCAAGCUCUUUCUCACCUGCUUUACUGAUGCUACUUGGGCUUCUGAGAAGGAGGAUUCCUCAUCUGUGGGAGGAUACAUCUGCGUAGUUGGGGGUGGACCUGUUAGUUGGAGGUCCAAGAAGCAGACGGAGACGGCACUCUCCUCUGUUGAGUCAGAGUACAUGGCGAUGUUCCAUGGGGUGAAGGAGGUGAUUUGGCUGAGGAGGUUGUUAGAGGAGAUUGGCCAGGAGCAGAAGGUUGCUACGCCGCUGUUUUGUGACAGCAAGGGGGCUCUUGGGAUGGCCAGGAACGCUGUGCUUCAUGGGCUGAACAAGCACAUGCGUAUCAAGUGGCACUGGCUGCGUAAGGAGGUGAAGAGGGGGACAGUGAAUCCGAUCUACAUCAAGACUCACCAGCAGCCAGCAGACUUUCUCACCAAGAGGCUUGCGGAUGAGCCUCAUUGGUGUUGUGUGCGCAUGAGUGGAAUCAGCAUGAACUAG